AUGGCACGAAAAACUGGUAGAAAUUUCGAUGGAUGUUGGACAUGUCGUGCAAGGAAAGUCAAAUGUGAUCUAACACGACCCUAUUGUCAACGUUGUAUUAAAUCAAAGAAACGAUGUGGUGGUUACAAUAUUAUCCUUGGAUGGAGUAAUCCGUUGACAAUAUCAAAAGAUCAAACCAUGUGUUCAUUGGAUAUCCAUGAAGAUUUGGAUAACUUUCAACGACGAAAUGUCGAUUUCGUCAAGUUUCCUAGAGAUAUGAUUUAUGAAACCUAUAAAGAAUUAAAUGAAAAAUUGGAUAAGUUGGAUAAUAUAGCGGGAACCAGUCAUAUGGUAUCCGUGGGACCAUUCAGUACAUUUAAAGUCGAUGUGAAGAUGGCUGAGCCGGAUGAGAAUAUACCGACAUCUUCCAUAAUGGUACCUUCUGAAAUAUCCUCCUCUCCACUAGUACCACUGCCGCCAACGGCACCAGUUCCACAGUCAGUACCAAUCACUGCAACCACAACUAUAACCUCUACCAGAACUGCGAUAAAUGACGAGUCAAUAUUCUCAAAAAAUAACAAUACAUGGGUGCAUUAUGAGUUAAUGGACUAUGCAAAACUAACAAUCAUAGCAAUCAAAGGUGUUCAUUAUAAACUAACCGAACAAAACAUCUUACACAUAUUAUAUCCCAAAUUCUUCCCUAACAUUGAUUCAGAUGAUUGGUUUGCCAAUGCCAAAUUGGUGAAUAACAAAUUAUACAAAAUCGAAAACAAUUCUUUGUAUUUACUUCCAUUGUUCAAGCUCUUGCUUAACGAAUUCACAUCAGAUAUAUUUUCAUUCAAUCGAGUUGUCCUUCAGUAUAACUACUUUGAUAUCUUGGUUAUACCGUUAAUUAAACAAAUUCUUGCAGAAUUUGCCUGUUUUGAAUUCACAUCAUGGGAUUUAAACCGAUUGAACAACAGAUCGACUCCACUUGACGACAGUCCUACCCCCGAUGAAUUAAUCGAAAGUAUUAAAAUUGUGAUUGUUGAUUUGGUAUUUGGAUUAGCUGCAUUCAAGUAUUCCAAGAAACAACCACAACCCCAGACUGCAGACGACGACUUAUACAUUAAUGAAUACUUAAGGAUAAGUAUUGAAUUACGGAAAUUAAGUAUAACAAUUAUAAAUUAUCAUUUGGAUGAAUAUGACAACAAUACUGAACUUAUAGAAGAAGCAAUACAUCAAAACCCUCAAUAUGAACAGUACGAUAUAUUGUUGUUAUUAGCAUUAAUCCUUCAAAUUGAAUUGGAUAGCUACUUCAGUGUUUUUGAAAAUUACGAAUUAAUAUUCGCCAUUGGUGAUUAUAUCACUAAGAAUAAGUUCAAGACAACCAACAAUUUAACCAAAUUUUUAAUUCAUGUAUUCAAAAUUUUGCACGUAUUUUUUGAGAGUACCCAAUCAGUGAAUAGUUUCAAUUAUGAAAUCAGCAAGGAUGACGAGCAGAUAAACUAUCGAGAUUUGAAUGAAAAUUAUGAUUUGAUAGAGAAAGAUAUGGAAGAAGCGGAGGAAGGGAACGAAGAAUAUAGUGACAGUGACAGUGAUGACUCCAAAAAAUUGCAAAUUAAACCUUCAGUUCAAAAUUUAAUUGUUUCAAAUGAUACCCAGUACGCUCCUAUGUCGUUUACAAUAAGCUUCAACAAGCGAAACAACCUGAUAGAAGAACCUAAGCGACCUUCACUACCUAUUAUCAAGGCACCAUUUAUUCCUGCAAAUCAUAAAUUUUCAUUGCUGACUGCAAUCGAUACAAAUGCCAUAUACUUGAUGUAUGGAUUACCUAAAUCGCUUAUUGAUUUAUUUCAUGAAGUAAUCCACUUAACCAAUCAUAAGAAUUUCUUUACUAAAAGGAAAGUGUUCCCGAGAAAUUUCCCCAAGAUUUGUGCUGAAAUGGAAGAUAAAUUAGUCAAUUGGAAUAUUCAAGAUCUGAAUUGGAAUUUGGAAGAUGCAAAUCCAUUACAUCAAUGUCUUAAAUUAAACAUUUUAACAUUCUAUCAACUGUUGCUAAUAUAUUAUAACAGACUUAUUAAGAACAAUACCAAUGUUCAAGCUUACAUUGACCUGGCACUAGCUUCUCUUCAGCAAUUAAUGGACCUACCUAAAGAAUUUAAAUUCAAGCCUACAUUUUGGUCAUUGUUAGUGUGUGGUGCCGAUACAGCAGAUAAGGCGACCCAAGAAAAAAUUAAGACGAUUUGGAAUAAUUUAGAUAGCACAUGCAAUUAUUGGCGUGCUAAGCAAAUCUUGUAUGAAAUUUGGAAAAGACGAGAUAUCGGCGAAGAAGUUGGGUUUAUGGAUAUGGUUAGGGAGUGGGAUAUUGUAUUAUGUUUGGGAUAAUCUCAUUAUCGGAUAAUUCUCUUUGUUAAAAUGUACAUAAUGGCUUUUGCAUGAAAUGUUCUCUGGCAGUUUGUUCUUAUACAAUAGAAAAUUGAUCCUGACGAUUGUGAUACGGAACGGAAUGACUUUCCAUUGACAAAAAGUUUUUCCUAUAGUUGCUACCUUUUUGCCGUACGAGAACACUUUUGCUGUUUAACUUCUAAAACUCGAGCAAAAACACGUAUUUUUAACUAACUUAAUAAAUUAGGGUGGUGGUGUUGUUAAUGCCCGGCCCCCCGCCCCCACAUUUCAAAUC